AUGGGAUCGCCGCUCUCACCACUUUUGGACAACGUGAACAUGUACAAAAUGGAAGAGAGCUUCAAGACGGCACUGCUUCAACCGACAGUGCUCAUGCGGUACUUGGAUGAUUACUUCGCACUUUGGUCACAUGGAAGAGAAAAACUGGAAGAGUUUUCUCAAUUUGUAAACCAGAUUGAUGCAAAAAUUCAAUUCACGAUGGAAGUAGAGGAAGGUGAGCCGUUACCGUUCCUGAACGUUGAAGUGAUUCGUUCUAACGCUGAAAAAGAAAUUGUUCAGAAAGAAGUCCUAUGCGGGGAUAAUACUCCAUUUGCGGUACCAUCACAAUUACAGGCUGAAGAUUGGAAUAAUGAAGAGCCUACGUCUGAGGGAUGCAGAUUUCUGGGACGAGGAGCUGAACAAAUUGACUAG